UCCUCGGCGGCGGCGGCGGCGGCGGCGGAGGCUGAGCGGACGGGCCGGGCGGCCGGGCCUCAGGCGGCGGGAGCGGAGCCCCGCGGAGCAGGCGGUGGACGCGAGCGGAGGCCGGGCCGAGAGGACGGUGCCGGAGGCCGCGCGUCCCGGAGCCCCCGCCGCCCCGCGGGCCCCGCCGCCGCCGCCCGGAGAGGGGGCGGGGCCCGAACCCGCCAUGGCGGGGGGCCCCUGCGGCGGCCUGGGAGCGGCGGCGGCGGGCGGCGGCGAGAUCGUGCAGCUCAACGUGGGCGGAACCAGAUUUAGCACCUCAAGACAGACUCUCAUGUGGAUCCCAGACUCUUUUUUUUCCAGUUUGCUGAGUGGAAGAAUUUCAACGCUUCGAGAUGAGACUGGUGCUAUAUUUAUUGAUAGAGAUCCAGCGGCAUUUGCACCCAUUUUAAACUUUCUUCGGACGAAAGAACUGGACUUGAGGGGAGUGAGUAUCAGCGUCCUGAGGCACGAAGCAGAGUUCUACGGGAUCACUCCACUAGUGAGAAGGCUGCUCCUGUGCGAGGAGCUGGAGCGCUCGUCCUGCGGCAGCGUGCUCUUCCACGGCUACCUGCCUCCCCCAGGUAUUCCCAGUCGCAAAAUAAGCAACACCACUAGAACCUCUGGUGACCCUCGGAGCGGACUGAAUUCUCCAGAAGGCGAAGCUCGGGGAAGUGGCCCCCAGCCUGUGCUGUCUGGACCUGGGGAAGAGGCUGUCAGACUAGGCUUUCCCGUGGACCCCCGGAAGGUGCUGAUUGUGGCUGGCCACCACAACUGGAUCGUCGCCGCCUAUGCCCACUUUGCUGUGUGCUACAGAAUCAAAGAAUCCUCAGGCUGGCAGCAGGUGUUCACAAGCCCCUAUCUGGACUGGACUAUUGAGCGAGUGGCUUUGAACGCCAAGGUGGUGGGCGGUCCGCAUGGAGACAAAGACAAGAUGGUCGCCGUGGCUUCCGAGAGCAGCAUCAUCUUGUGGAGCGUCCAGGAUGGAGGGAGCGGAAGUGAAAUCGGGGUGUUCAGUCUUGGCGUUCCUGUGGAUGCCCUCUUCUUCAUCGGGAACCAGCUGGUGGCCACAAGUCACACUGGGAAGGUGGGAGUGUGGAACGCAGUCACUCAGCACUGGCAGGUUCAAGAUGUCGUUCCAAUAACCAGCUACGACACUGCUGGGUCCUUCCUUCUACUGGGUUGUAACAACGGCUCGAUAUAUUAUAUAGACAUGCAGAAGUUUCCCUUGCGCAUGAAGGAUAAUGACCUCCUUGUGACUGAGCUGUAUCACGACCCCUCGAACGACGCCAUCACUGCGCUCAGCGUUUACCUCACACCCAAAACAAGUGUCAGCGGCAACUGGAUCGAGAUCGCCUACGGGACGAGCUCCGGGGCGGUGCGAGUGAUCGUGCAGCACCCCGAGACCGUGGGCUCCGGCCCGCAGCUCUUCCAGACGUUCACCGUGCACCGCAGCCCCGUCACGAAGAUCAUGCUGUCGGAGAAGCACCUGGUGUCGGUCUGUGCAGAUAACAACCAUGUGCGGACGUGGACGGUGACGCGGUUCAGGGGCAUGAUCUCCACGCAGCCGGGCUCGACCCCUUUAGCCUCCUUCAAGAUCCUGUCCCUGGAGGAGACAGAGAGCCACGGCAGCUACUCCUCCGGGAAUGACAUCGGGCCUUUUGGAGAGCGAGAUGACCAGCAGGUGUUUAUCCAGAAAGUCGUUCCCAUCACCAACAAGCUGUUUGUGAGGCUCUCAUCUACUGGGAAAAGAAUCUGUGAGAUCCAGGCCGUGGACUGCACUACCAUCUCCUCGUUCACUGUGAGGGAGUGUGAGGGCUCCAGCAGGAUGGGCUCGCGGCCCCGGCGCUACCUGUUCACGGGUCACACCAACGGCAGCAUCCAGAUGUGGGACCUAACCACGGCCAUGGACAUGGUCAACAAGAGUGAGGAUAGAGAUGUGGGGGGCCCGACCGAGGAGGAGCUGCUCAAGCUCCUGGACCAGUGCGACCUGAGCGCGUCCCGCUGCGCCACUCCCAACAUCAGCCCGGCCACCUCCGUGCUGCAGCACAGCCGCCUCCGUGAGUCCAGCUCCAGCCUUCAGCUCCAGCACCACGAGACCAUCCACGAAGCGGCCACUUACGGCUCCAUGAGGCCUUACCGGGAGAGCCCUUUGCUGGCCAGAGCGAGGAGAACCGAGAGCUUCCACAGCUACAGGGACUUCCAGACCAUCAACUUCAACAGGAGCGUGGAACGCGCCGUCCCUGAAAAUGGUAACUCGGGUCCAGUGCAAGCAGAGGUGAAGCGGGCAGCAGGGGAGUGUAAUGUGUCUGAGAGCAAGUCUCCUGGCACAGAGGCAAGGUGUCUGAGAGACCCAGAGAGUGGACCGGAAGCACCUAAGAUAGCCGAAGGUGUCCUGGAAUGUAAGCAAAGGGCAUCAGAAGAUGAGAUUGAGAGCAGAGUAGAGUUCAGGAGGAAGGGAGGGUCGGACGGAGGAGGGUUCCUGGGGAGAAAGAGAGUCCCCUACCUGGCCUCCUCCCCCAGCACAUCCGAUGGGGGGACAGACUCCCCCGGGACCGCCUCCCCGUCCCCCACAAAGACCACGCCAUCUCCCCGGCAUAAGAAAAGCGACUCCUCAGGUCAAGAGUGUAGCUUGUGAUAAGUCCCCUCUCUCCCACCCCCCCCCCCACCAAGUGUCGUUAAGUUUGAAUGAGCUUCACUUGACUGCCUUUCAGUCCGUCUGCUUACCACCACGACCUUACAGAUCAAAAGGGGACUUCAUUUAGUAUGUACAGAAUCACCUGGAGUAAGGAAAUACCAUCUCUUGACCUUUCCCCCAAAAUAAGAUGUCUUACUUUCCCAAGUCCAUCUAACAGCAUCCGUAAACAAGACCCUUCCUGCAUCUAACUGCUGUGGGUUUGGCGGUCUGGCUCCGUGUCCUAAGCGGCUGGUUUCCCGGGGAGGGCGGGGUAGGGAGCCGGCAGCCUGCAUUCCUUUCCAUGCCCCCGACUUGUCUUGCAAUGUUACCGUAAGUGAAUCACAUACUCCUCUUUGGAAUCUAGUCUCCCAGCCCUUGUUGUGAUCGCAAAGUGUUUACCAGAUACUCAGUGAGGUGCUAUGUUUGUGAAAAACACUAUUGCUGUAGAGAACCAGCUAACACUGCGUCCUGGAGGCCCUCUUCCCGGGCUCGGAGCUCUGAGGUCUUAGCGUCACCAUUAUUACACACUAACUGUCCACUGAACUCUAAAGCACUGGAGAGGAAUAAACUCGGCCGAGUGCCCAGGAAGGAGAGAGCUAAUCUACCUUAUUCUCCCCCACUGUUAGCAAGAUAAAGUGAGUUAAAUGUGGACACUUGUUUAAAAGUUUUGGCGGUUGUAAAAAUAUUAUUUUGAAGUGUAAAAAAUUUUGUACAUUUUUUUUUUCAUUUAAUUGGAAUGAUUUAUCAAGGUUUUGCAAAUAGGGUAAUUUUAAAUGUCAAGCAUUAAGCAUUUCUUGAGUAAUGUAUAUGCUCCCAUUCCAAGAACUAAGCAAAUGGAGUCGAAAUAAAUUCUUUAAAGUUUACUAUAUUGCCAGUGGUUUCCACAGCCACUCUCUUUACUCAUUGAGUCAAAUAAAAAUGGUUAAAACUA